AUGUCAAAAAGUAUAUUUAUAUCUACUCUUGUUAAUGGUGAAAAAAUUAACCGAACAUUUUUGAUUUACUCAGAAAGUAAAGGAUCAAUAUUUUAUGCUCCCUGCUAUUUAUUUGGUGGCACUACAUCGUUUGCCACAGUUGGUUUUUCAGAUUGGAAAAAAGGAGAAGAAAAAAUCAAGCGUCAUGAAAAUUCACAACACCACAAAUUGUGUGUAAUGAAUAUGAAAGAAAGAAAAGAAGUAUUAAAUCGAGUUGAUCAAAAGCUAAAGUAUCAAGUAGAAACAGAAAUAAAUUAUUGGAAAAAUGUAUUGACAAGAGUUGUAGCUGUUGUGAAAUCCCUUUCUUCUCGUGGAAUGUCUUUUAGAGGUGAUGAUGACCGUUUUAGAUCUGUUCAUAAUGGGAACUUUAUGAUGAGCUUAGAGCUUAUUGCUCAGUUUGAUCCUUUUUUAGCACAACACAUUGAGAAGUUUGGAAAUUAA